CGGCAAGGGGCAAUAGAUGCUUGAUCAGUUGGAGAGUCCGCCUGUUCGCGCAGUGUGCCGCCCCCAUGAACUUCUGGAAAUGGGAACCCCGCUGCAAACCUACGCUGCUUCAAACCGCCUCCGUCUCCGGCCAUCGUCUCUCUCGCCUCUUGUUUUUUAGAGGGGUCGUUAAGGAAUUAAUGAUCCGAAGGAACCACCGUACUUCUCCAUAAAUUCAUUCGGCGUUUUCAGUACAUGCUUUACACCUGGACUUCCAUUGCAUGGGGAGAGCUCGCACUUUCUUUUUGUCAUAUUUACUUUUCUCGAGGAUACUACCUGUACCCCUACUAAUGGAACAGGGUCACUCCAACACUCUCGAGCAGCCCCCCAGCACCACGUAACAUUUCCCUGAGGAACGCGACCAUUGCCGGCUCCCAACAAACAUGGACUGUUUUCCCAUGCUUUAUUUUCUGUCGAGACAUCAUGAUUCCUGGUAAUCGAAUGCUGAUGGUCAUUUUAUUAUGCCAAGUCCUGCUGGGAGAGAGCAACCAUGCUAGUCUGAUACCUGAGGAAGGGAAGAAGAAAGCCACGGGCCUGCAGAGCCGGACUGCUGGUCAGAGCCAUGAACUGCUGCGGGACUUUGAGGCCACGCUGCUGCACAUGUUUGGACUGCAGAGGCGACCGCGGCCCAGUCGCUCGGCCACUGUGCCACGCUACCUGCUGGACCUCUACCGGCUGCAAUCGGGCGAGGCUGAGGAGGCCGGCACCCACGACACCGCCUUUGAGUACCCCGAGAGGUCGGCUAGCCGUGCCAACACCGUGAGGGGCUUCCACCACGAAGAGCACAUGGAGCCGGUUCAUCCGGGCGAGCCUCAGACGAAGAACGGCGAGGCCAUCCCACUGCGCUUCCUCUUCAACCUCAGCAACAUCCCAGAGGACGAGCUGCUCUCGUCGGCCGAGCUGCGUCUGUUCCGGCAGCAGAUCGACGAGGCCAUUACGGAAAGCGAGGGGGACAAGGAUCAGCUCCACCGGAUAAACGUGUACGAGGUGCUGAAGCCCCCGCGGGCCGGACAACUAAUCACGCGGCUUUUAGACACACGGCUGGUGCGCCAUAACGCCUCGCGCUGGGAGAGCUUUGACGUGAGCCCCGCCGUACUGCGCUGGACACGGGAGCGCCUGCCCAACUAUGGGCUGGCCGUGGAGGUCCAGCACCUCAACCAGACACCGCGCCACCAGGGCCGCCACCUGCGCAUCAGCCGCUCGCUGCACCAGGAGCCCGGGGAGGACUGGGAGCAGCUACGCCCCCUGUUGGUCACCUUCGGCCAUGACGGCAAGGGCCACCCGUUGACGCGUCGGGCCAAGCGUAGCCCAAAGCAGCGGGGGCGUAAGCGUAACCGCAACUGUCGCCGUCACGCUCUCUACGUGGACUUCAGCGAUGUGGGCUGGAAUGACUGGAUAGUGGCGCCCCCAGGGUACCAGGCAUACUACUGCCAUGGGGAAUGCCCCUUCCCCCUGGCAGACCACCUGAACUCUACCAACCACGCCAUCGUUCAGACGUUGGUGAACUCGGUAAACACCAACAUUCCCAAGGCCUGCUGCGUGCCCACGGAGCUCAGUGCCAUCUCCAUGCUCUACCUGGACGAACACGACAAGGUGGUCCUAAAAAACUACCAGGAAAUGGUUGUGGAAGGGUGCGGCUGCCGCUAACACUGACCAUGGGCAACUUGAGGCAGGCCGCACGGACGCUAUGAAAAUUCUUAAGGCCCCACCUUACUCCCAAAAUCUUCACUUGGACCCUUAUUUAUAACUUUUCUGUUGAGACGUAUGUUCGUCAUUUUUUUUUCUCUCUUGACAAUAUGAUCAUAUAUUUUGACAAUAUAUAUAUAUAUAUAUUUAUAUCUACAUAUAAAAAACAAGUGAGUCCUUAUUUUAAACAUAAAUAAAAAGCUGUACAACUUUUCAUAUUGUAUAUUAGAUUGUAUAAGGGUUUUUUAAAUGAGAAAAUAGUUUUUAAAAAAUCUAAAAAGUAAAGUUUAUUUACUGGUAAUAUUUAUUGCUUUGAUAUUAUACACAUACAAAAAAAUAAAAAUAAAUUGCCUUCCAAUAUUACAUUGUGGCAGAUCACAAGAAACACCAAUUGUGUACUUAAAUUAGAGCACUGUGUGAAAUGAUCACUUAGCUGAUUUGUUAUGAAUCAGUUGAAGUAUCAGAAAUGUACAUUGAUUUUAAUGAACCUUUAUACAUUGAUCUUUAAGACAGUUAUUUUAUUAGAUAGGUCCCUUGAGUUGGAAUCAGUUUUUUAUUCUUGUGAAAAAAUCUGAUAACAUGGGUUGUGAAAAAUGAAACUUUGACAGAAAAGGUCCUCAUGACUGUUUUAUAUGAAUUUGGAUUGAACACAUCUGCAUCUAAUACUUAGCCCGAUGGCUAUUUGAAAAGUACUCAAGUAAUUGUUGCAAUUCAUGAUAACAGAGGAAUAUUUCUCAUGCUCUGUUGCUUCCAAAUAAAACAAUGUUCGGUUUCAUAUCAGGCAUCAUCCAGCUUAGAAUGAUUCACGCUUGAGUAACGGACUUACACUAUAUACAGUGCCUUCGGAAAGUAUUCAGACCCCUUGACUUUCCACAUUUUGUUACUUUACAGCCUUAUUUUAAAAUGGAUUUUAAAAAAGAAAAAAGAAUCCUCAGCAGUCUAUACACAAUGCCCCAGAAAGACAAAGCGAAAACAGGUUUAGACAUUUUGGCAUAUUUACUAAAAAAUAAAAAACAGAAAUAGCUUAUUUACAUAAGUAUUCAGACCCUUAACUAUGAGACUCAAAAUUUAGCUCUGGUGCAUCCUGUUUCCAUUGAUCAGCCUUGAGAUGUUUCUUCAACUUGAUUGGAGUCCACCUGUGGUAAAUUCAAUUGACUGGACAUGAUUUGGAAAGGCACAACCUGUCCAUAUAAUAAGGUCCCACUCUUGACAGUACAUGUCAGAGCAAAAACUAAGCCAUGAGGUCGAAGGAAUUGUCCGUAGUGACCCUAAGACAGAAUUGUGUCGAGGUACAGAUCUGGGGAAGAGUACCAAAACAUGUCUGCAGCAUUGAAGGUUUGGAACCACCAAGACUCUUCCUAGAGCUGGCUUCCCUGCCAAACUGAGCAGUCAGGGGAGAAGGUUCUUGGCCAGGGAGGUGACCAAGAACCCGAUGGUCACUCUGACAGAGCUCUAGAGUUCCUCUGUGGAGAUGGGAGAACCUUCCAGAAGGACAACCAUCUCUGCAUCACUCCACCAAUCAGGCAUUUAUGGUAGAGUGGCCAGACGGAAGCUACUCCUCAGUAAAAGGCACAUGACAGCCCACUUGGAGUUUGCCAAAAAAGCACCUAAAGACUCAACAAGAUUCUCUGGUCUGAUAAAACCAACAUUGAACUCUUUGGCCUGAAUGCCAAGCAUCACGUUUGGAGGAAACCUUGCAUCAUCCCUACGGUGAAGCAUGGUGGUGGUAGCAAAAAUGUAUAUAAAUUAGCAAAAAUGUCAAAAAAUAUGUUUUUGCUUUGUCAUUGUGGGUUUUGUGUGUUGAUUGAUGAGAAGAAAAAACACGAUUUAAUAUUUUUUAGAAUAAGGCUGUAACGUAACAAAAUGUGGAAAAUGUCAAGCAGUCUGAAUACUUUUAGAAGGCACUGUCUACAAAGGUAUGUAUCAAAUUAGUGGAUUUGGCUAUUUCAGCCACACCUGUUCCUGACAGGUGUACAAAAUCGAGCACACAGCCAUGCAAUCUCCAUAGACAAACAUUGGCAGUAGAAUGGCCUUACUGAAGAUCUCAAUGACUUACACAGUGGCAUGUUAAAGGAUGCCACCUUUCCAACAGUUUUACUUUCACGUUUUGAAAGAUGAUCACUUUUUACAGUUUAUCAGGAGAACACAUAUGCCUAUUCAUUGGGUACUUGGGGAUAGGCUAACAUGUGGUGGUUAGACACUCACUAAUCCAAUUGCCAUAUGGGCGGAUAGUUGAAAUUGAUUGUUGGAGACACUUGAGGAGUGAUCCUAUUGUUUAUGAUGGUUUAGCAUUGGGGCACGACUGAACAACUGGUCAUGGUGAUACCCUUCCUCUGAAGAUUCAAAGGUUAGACCGUCUGUCUCCUGCCUUUAUCUUUGGCGGCUCAUCCAGACAGAAUAAAGACGCCUGUCUCCAACCUGUGCUCCAUUAUACAAUAGACUUUUACAUCACUUAUUUAAUCAGACGACUGCGCUAAAUUAUAUGAGAGCGUUUGGAGAGGGGAGUCCUCUGAACUUUUCAGGACAUUACACUGUAGCAUUUCCCCACGCCCUUGCAUUAGUUUAGAAUAGUGGACAUGUGAUAAGAUAAAUAUACAUGGCUUUUUUUGAAAAAAUAUUUUGGCUUCACCUUGGAAAUCUUUUAGGCCUGCGUGGUUGGAGAGAGUAGAAAUAAUAAACCCUUUAAAUGUACAACAGGCGCAGAAAAAGCCAUGUCUCCUAUCCGCGCCAAAGGGCAUCUCCGCAGGCGUCACCCAGAAGUAAACUACCCUAUCUGCAACCGGUCAGCCGGUUGUUUCCGAAAGGUUUGACAAAAAAAGUGAUCUUCAAUUAACCUCCAAUUUCCAAAUGAUCACCAAUAUAAUUGGAUUUGGUUUUCUAUGCGCCUAUAUUUUUGGUCAACACAAUUAUAAUGAAUUCAUAUGUUGGUGGGUGGAAUGAUGUGGUAUACUUGUCUAUAUUGCAGACAAUUGAACGUUUUGUUUGUGUUAUUUAGUCUUUCCAUCUUAGAUCAUCAUUUCUGCUCACCUACGAGAAGUCACCACAGCCAGCCUCAGGAUCCCAAAACUGCUAUCAGGUUUCCCUUUGAUGCCCACAUAUCAGGCGUAGCCUUGUCAAAAAAAGUGGGGGGUUGGUUAGAGAAUACAUUCAUUUUGAAGAGGCUGAAGGCAGGGAGAAGGGAGUUAUUCUAUCCAGCGGUUUAACAGUGCAAUUACACACAUUUGAAUUGAUCUCCCGAAUUUAGAUAACAUCAGCGAAUUAUGGUAAUUAUCUGCCCGAUUGACCUUCCACAAAGACGACGCGUGUUUAUUAAAAUGCCCGGAAAGUAGAGCAAAGUUUAUGCAAUUUUAGCACUCCCAAUGAGCCAGUAGGCAAUAGCAAUGACUGGGCUAUAGCCUACCAUUAGAAACCAGUGUAGAACUGUAAAAGUCUGAGCUGGGGAGGGGGUAUUGGAAUAUUGGGGAAUUAUGUUAAGGUUACGCAUCAGUUGUAAUGGUUGCGCAUGCUUUCUAAUGCAGACAAUAGAUCACUUUCGACCAUAUUUGGCUUGGAGUUACAAAAUUAAUAUUUAUCUUAGUGCUGACUCUGAGCCAGUGUCACGCGAGAGGCCAUUCUUACGCAAUUACAGGCAAGUCAUUAUGCGCAGUCUGUUGACAAGGGGGAACAAAUUGACUUGGAGACAUCUUUAACAAGCUUUUCAUUCGGACGUUUUGCAGUAAAAGCUUCACGUUUAUAGACAAUAAACCAUCUCUCUUUGCUUGGCCUUGUUAGCAUCUCUAUAAAUCAGAGAUUCACAGGUAGACAGUUUGUCAACACAGACCAGUGAGCAAAAUAAUGUGAAAUUAAAUUAGGGUAAUUUCGGUGAAAGAUAAAAAUAUAUAUUUUCCCACUCAUGCCAGCUUUUUCCAAGCUGUUAUUAAAUUGUAGUGAUUGUAGUGAUCGUAGUGAUCAUGUUCAACAUGUUCAGCUCUACAGAAAAACAUUACACUUCAACAUCAAUAACAUUCUCUAUAUUGGUAACAGAAUUGUUUUUCUUGCUAUGACUGUAAUAUGUGGAUGUUUAUCUACCUUAGUUGAAUGCACUGACUGUAAGUUGCUCUGGAUAAAAGUGUUUGCUAAAAGUCCAAAAUGUACAUGUAAAAGGAACACUUGCAAAGCAUGGUGGGUAUUAUUCUAAUGAGCUCCACCCCAAACAAGACCAAAUUUAGUCGGUCUAUGUCUCACAAGUUUGGACAGCACAGUAGAGUUUGGUUCAGUAGAGUAUAGUACAGUAGAGAACAGUACAGUAGGGUACAGUACAAUAUAGUACAUUUUACUGUACUUUACUGUGUUCUACUGAACUGUACUGAACUAUACUUUACUGUACUGUACUCUGAUGUGCUCUACUGUACUCUGCUGUACUCUACUGUAUCGAACUGUACUGAACUAUACUGUAAUGUACUCUGCUGUGCUGUACUGUGCUGUCAAAUUUGUGAAACAUAGACAUCUAUGAUUGGUUCAGAUUUGACUUGCCAAUAAAAAUGAAAUCUGUGGACGCUGAAA